AUGAAGCCUCUAAUCCACCUACAGCUCUUUCUCACCCUCAUCUUACUCUCCUCACCAGCCUUCUCAUACAAUCGAGCUUUUGAACGUCCCCCAGGGAAAAAUGCCAUCCUUCUAUCCAAAGUUCAGACCUUGACGCUCCGCGCGAACCGGCUCACAAGCUCCCGACGGGUCUCCCCAAUCCCCCAGCUCAAAUGCACCGGUCCCUCAAAGCGUAUCUGUGACAUGUACCCAAUCGAUACGAUGCGCUGCACCAACGCCGGCUACGACUACGACGAAGAGGACGUCCAGUGGACGUGUACCGCUUCCCUCCCGGCGGAGUUCAAACUCGGUGCCACCGACGUCGUGUGCGAGGGAUACCGCGAUGCCGAUGACCCCUGGGUGUUGAAGGGAAGCUGUGGGGUGGAAUAUCGAUUGCUGUUGACGGAGCUGGGCGAGAAGAAGUUCGGGCGUGUGCGUGAGGACUCCUGGCUGAAUGAUGGUGCACUGGCGUCGCGCGGGCGCAAUGUGAUGGCCCUUUUAGGCGACUUGAUCUUCUUUGGGUUCUUCGUGGCAUGCUUCCUGCUGAUCAUGUGGCCGAUGUUGAGGCAAUGUUUUGGCCUGCGAUGGGAUGGGGGAGAGCGUCGUUUUCGAGGUUGGGGCCGUUGGGAUGGAGGAGGAGGAGGUGGUGGUGGAGGUCCCUUCUAUCCCCCUGGCCCACCACCACCGUACAACUCCUGCAAUGAUAACGCUUCCACUUGGUCUCGACCGGGCUGGACCCCAGGCUUCUGGACUGGUGCACUGGGAGGUGCUGCCGCCGGGCAGCUCAAGGUCGGCCUCCCAGUUUUCAACCCCGUCAACCAGCACUGGGUUCGGCUCAACCAGACGCAGGUGAUUGGGAAGGUGGACGAAACCCUCGAUCCUAUUGGCCUCACCCACGAACAAGCUAUUGUCUGA